AUGCCCACGUGUGAAGAAGCUGCCAGGUUUACUUUUAUUCCCAAGGAGUAUUUAAGUAAUGGUCACUUUACUGCUCUGCCCCUAGAUCCUGCAUUGGCCCAGAGAGACUCUGGUUGCCCUCCUCCACUGGGAGAGAGCUCAUCCAGCACCAGAUCCUCUCAAAAAUAUACUUGUACUUCCUACACAGAACAAAAAACACCACAGGAUGGUGGAACUGAAAAGGGCAAAGUAUGGUCAAUUGGAGAUGGAGCUCCAGAGGAGACAGAAAAACGUGAUGACUCCCAAAGAUCCACCUUAUUCGUCGAAAAACCUCAGAGUGGUUCAGUGAGUGUUGGUGGGAAUAUUACAUUUAUAGCCAAAGUAGAAGCCAAAGAUCUUCUCCGAAAGCCAAAUGUUAAGUGGUUUAAAGGAAAAUGGAUGGACCUGGCCAGCAAAGCGGGGAAGCACCUACAGCUGAAGGAGUCAUUUGAGCGUCAUACUAAGAUUCACACAUUUGAGAUGCAUAUCAUUCAAGCUAAGGAAAACUACGCAGGGAACUAUCGCUGUGAAGUAUCUUACAAGGACAAGUUUGACAGUUGCUCUUUUGACCUUGAAGUCACUGAAUCUUCUCAAGCUGCUCCAUCCAUUGACAUCAGAUCUGCUUUCAAAAGAAGCGGUGAUGGACAAGACGAUGCAGGAGAACUUGACUUUAGUGGUCUCCUGAAACGUAGGGAGAUUAAACAGCAAGAAGAAGAACCUGAGGUAGAUGUGUGGGAGCUCCUGAAGAACGCUAAUCCCAGUGAAUAUGAGAAGAUUGCUUUUCAGUAUGGUAUCACUGACCUGAGAGGCAUGUUAAAGCGUCUGAAGCGCAUGCGCAGGGAAGUGAAGAAGAGUGCAGCAUUUGCCAAAGGUCUUGAUCCUGCAUACCAGGUAGAUAAAGGAGGCAAAGUAAGGUUCAUGGUGGAGCUAGCAGAUCCAACAGUAGAGCUCAAGUGGUAUAAAAAUGGCCAAGAAAUACGACCAAGUACAAAAUACAUUUUUGAGCACAAAGGUAACCAGAGAAUUCUAUUUAUCAAUAACUGUACGAUGACAGAUGAUGCUCGCUAUUACGUAACAGCUGGUGAUGAGAAAUGCUCCACAGAACUGUUUGUGAGAGAUCCUCCAAUUUUGGUGACCAAAGGCCUGGAGGAUACCAAUACCUAUGUUGGUGAACGAGUAGAACUGAGCUGUGAAGUGUCUGAGGAUGAUGCAAAUGUGAAAUGGUUUAAGAAUGGCGUAGAACUUACCAAUGAACCUAGAUCUCGAUAUCGAAUCAAGGUUGAGGGUAAAAAACACACACUAAUCAUAGAGGAAGCUGCAAAAAAUGACAGUGCAACUUACUCAGUAAUGACAACAGGAGGCCAAUCAGAAGCUAAGCUUUCUGUUGAUUUGAGACCAUUGAAGAUAUCACUUGCACUAGAAGACCAGACUGUGAGGCUUGGACAAGAAAUCCACCUGAAAUGUGAGAUAUCUGAGAAUGUGCAAGGGAAAUGGUACAAAAAUGGACAACUGGUUGAAGCUAGUGACCGUGUAAAGCUUUAUCACAAAGGAAGAAUCCACAGAUUUAUUAUAGCGAGCGCUGCUGUUGAUGAUGAGGGUGAAUACAUGUUUGUACCAGAUGCCUAUAAUAUCAAUAUUCCAUGCAAAGUACAUGUUGUGGAUCCUCCUAAACUCCACCUUGAUGGUCUUGGGGAAGAUAACACUGUGACAGUAGUGGCAGGAAGCAAACUACGACUUGAAAUCCCUAUCACUGGUGAGCCAACUCCAAAAGUCAUGUGGAGUAAAGGGGAUAAGUGGAUCACAGACAGUGGAAGAAUACGGGCAGAAACAUACCCAGACAGCAGCUGUCUGGUCAUUGACACAGCUGAGAGAGAAGAUUCAGGUCCUUUCAGAAUAACAUUGAAGAAUGAGGCUGGAGAGGACACAGCUCUAAUCAACAUUAAAGUGGUUGAUGUGCCUGAUCCUCCUCAGGCACCAAAUGUGACUGAGGUCGGUGAAGACUGGUGUGUUAUGACCUGGGAACCUCCAGCAAAUGAUGGUGGAUCACCUAUCUUAGGUUAUUUCAUUGAAAGGAAAAAGAAACAAAGCUCCAGGUGGAUGAGGCUGAAUUUUGAACUGUGUAAAGAAACAACUUUUGAGCCAAAGAAGAUGAUUGAAGGUGUUGCUUAUGAGGUCCGUGUAUUUGCUGUUAAUGCAAUAGGCAUUUCCAAACCAAGUAUGCCUUCAAAGUCCUUUGUUCCUUUAGCUGUUACCAGUCCACCAACUCUCCUGGCAGUGGAUGGAGUAACUGAUACCUCAGUUACGAUGAAAUGGAGGCCACCAGACCACAUUGGAGCAGCAGGUUUAGAUGGCUAUGUUGUAGAGUACUGCUUUGAAGGAACUGAUGAAUGGAUUGUGGCUAACCCAGAACUGACAGACAAAACAAGGUUUACAAUCAAUGGUCUUCCGACUGGCUCAAAAAUCCUCGUGAGAGUAAAAGCUGUGAAUGCUGCAGGUGAAAGUGAGCCUAGGUACCACCCACAGCCUAUCUUAGUCAAGGAAGUUGUAGAACCUCCGAAGAUUCGCCUACCAAGACACUUAAAACAGACCUAUACUCGAAGAGUUGGAGAAACUGUGAAUCUUGUGAUUCCCUUCCAGGGAAGACCAAGGGCAAAAGUAUCAUGGCAGAAAAAUGGUUCUCCAAUAGACAAGAACCAAAUCAACAUCCGCAACACUGAAAAUGACACGAUCAUCUUCAUCCGAAAGGCAGAAAGGAGCCACUCUGGAGAAUAUGACAUGAAAGUGGAAGUAGAGAACUUGGAGGACAAAGCUACAAUAGAUAUUCAAAUUGUUGAUCGCCCCGGCCCACCAGAAAUUGUAACUAUUGAAGAUGUCUGGGGAGAGAACGUAAAUUUAUCAUGGAAGCCACCAAAGGAUGAUGGCAAUGCUGCCAUUACUGGGUACACUAUUCAAAAAGCAGAUAAGAAGAGUAUGGAAUGGUUCACAGUAAUUGAGCACUACCACCGCACCAGCGCCACCAUUAAUGAGCUCGUCAUAGGAAACGAGUACUACUUCCGGAUCUUCGCUGAAAACAUGUGUGGCCUCAGCGAGGAUGCAACAAUGACCAAAGAGAGUGCUCUGAUUGCAAAAGAUGGUAAAGUCUACAAAUACCCAGUUUACGAUGAUUUUGACUUCAGUGAACGACCACUGUUUACCCAGCCUCUCAUUAACACAUAUGCUGUAGCUGGUUACAACGCUACUUUGAACUGCAGUGUUCGGGGCAACCCCAAGCCCAAAAUAACCUGGCUGAAAAACAAAGUCAUUAUAAUGAAUGACCCAAGGUACCGAAUGUUCAGCAACCAAGGUGUCUGUACCUUGGAGAUCCGCAAACCCAGUCCAUAUGAUGGAGGCACUUAUACCUGCCGAGCAGUCAACGAACUUGGAGAGGCAGAAGUUGAUUGCAAACUGGAAGUAAAAGGUGGACUUUCAUUCUUCAGACUAUUAAUGGAUGGAGUGCCUCCGCAUAUCAUCGAUUCAUAUAUGCGUGAAGUAUACGGUGCUUAUCUUCUCUUGGCCACAUUUGAAAAAGUCAUACCUCCACAGCGACUCACGGAUAUUUCUAAAAUUGCUCACGUGACCAACUUUAAGCGCCAUGCUUUCUCACAAGGCGUAGCCGCUCUGAAGCGCCUUCUCUAA